CCAAGCGCGUCAGAGAGAGUUGAGUCAAAGCACAUUAAUGUCUUGUUUGUUUGCGACGAGUGGAAUUCAAGUGAGGGAGGUUUAGCUACGUUCAACAGAAAAUUUGCCAUAAAUCUUGCUAAAGCAUCAAGCGAGGACUUCGCGAUUCACUGCUAUGUUUGCCAGAGCAAUGAAUCGGACAGAGAAGAUGCUAGAAAAAAUGGUGUGAAUAUAAUAACAGCAAAGAGUAUACCGGGGACAAGUGACCGCCUGGAAUGGCUGAGACUUCCUCCUUCGGAGCUCCCACAUCCUGAUGUUGUGAUCGGCCAUGGACGAAAGUUUGGCACCCCUGCUUAUUCCAUUACACAAAUUACAAAGUGCAAAUGGAUACAGUUUGUGCAUGUAUUUUGCGAAGACCUUGGAAAGUACAAACAAACGGAAACAGAUGCAGUAGAAGAGAAUGAGAAGAAGCAUAAAGAGGAAAUCAAGCUCUGCAAAGAAUCAAACGCCGUUGUUGCUGUUGGCUCACGACUUCAGCAAAAGUACAGCAGAUGUCUCCCAGACACGAAAGUUCACAUCAUCACUCCUGGAAUUUUGGAUAAAUUUGUCAGUCUUCCAGAUCAGAAACUUGCCAAUGUUUCGCAUAGUCCUGACGAGUUUAGUGUCUUUGUCUUUGGAAGAGGUUCUUAUGAAGAUCUUUCCCUCAAGGGUUAUGAUAUUAUUGCCAAUGCGUUAGGAUCUCUCGGAGAGAAGUUUAAGAUGACAUUUGUAGGCUCACCCGAAGGCCAACAUAGAAUUAUAAUGGACUGGUUUCUACAAAAUACAAGCAUAACAAGGAGGCAGUUAACAGUACGUGGUUACUGUAAUCAAGACGAGGUGAAAGAAAUGUUCUAUGCUGCAGACUUGGUUGCUAUGCCUUCUCGUACCGAAGGCUUUGGUCUGAUCGCCUUAGAAGCCAUUUCUGCUGGUGUUCCUGUUCUUCUUACUAGUGAAUCUGGAAUAGCUAAAGCGUUAGAGCAAGUUGAUGGUGGAAAGUCUGUCAUCAUUGAAUCAGAAGAUCCAAACGAGUGGUCAGAAAAAAUCAGAACUCUGUACGGGAAAAAGCCGGAAGAGAGACUCAACACCGCUAUUAAACUCAGAGAGAGCUACAACAAGACAUUCCCUUGGGACACCCAGUGUGAGAAAUUCAAAGACAUCAUUUUGAGGAUGAUGAGUGACAGCUACUGUGCUGAUAAUGUUAAAGGUAGUGUAUCGAUCUGAUCGAUGUUAUUUUAAUGCUUUUAUAUGUAGCUUAUAGGCCCUUUCAGUAUUUAAAGGAGCUGUGUCACGAAAUUCACCCAAAUUAGGUAAUUACAAAAUGCCUGUGGAAUCAAGAGAAACAUAAAAAUAACCGCUUAAAACAUUAAAGGAAGGUUAAAAUAACACAACAGAUACGACAGAUUCCACGGAUGGGCAAAACUGAAGAAGAUUGUGUUAGGCCAGGUUCAGACGCCGAUUUGAGAGCCGAACAGUCACGUUAUCCGCGAAAAAUGACAUUUUAAUUGAUUAGUUACAUUUAAGGACUGUUUUUUCUUUCGUGGUUCCAGCAUUGUUUAUUUUAUUACAUUUUGGCCAGGCGUACAAAGCUUUAUUCAGUUUUAUUCCUUUACGUCAGAAGGCAUGUAUUAGAUUAUUCUUUUCCUAAGCACGUUUGCAGAUGUCUCCUAUUUCCUUAACAAAGGAAACAGGAGACUUCUGCACGCAGGCAAGUGCCUAACGCCACGCGUCUACGACACUGGGAACACGACACGAACCUAAUUCGAAUUAUGGCCAACCCAAAUUAUUAAGAGCGGGUGAAUUGAUUCAGACGCCGAUCUUAAUUGCAGCUGAACUAAGUUCAAAAGGCGGAAAAUGCUCAUUUUGCAGGGGCACCCAACGGCAAUUUUCGGAAAAUAUCUGUUCGGAAGACGAUUUGAGAUCUAGAAUUUUCGGAACAUUUGUUGUAAAAUUUCUUGCUUGCCUCCCUCUCCUAGGAUUUUCGAACAUCUAAAAAAUGGUAUAAUUGGCCAUUUUUAACGGAUUUUUACCCUGAAAAGAUCUCCUAGAAUUUUCGGUAGCCUUUUUUCUGGCUGAAUUUUCGAAAAGGUAAGUUUUGAACCCUAUAAUUUUUCUGAUCACUAGACUUUCAGCUAAGAAAUCCGAACCUAUAUCUCCCGUGUAAAUACUAAAAUACGUUUAACAAUGCUAUAUUUAAGUGGUUUUGAACUAUAUUCUCGUUGGGUGCCCCUGAUUUUGGACAAACUGCUUACAGAAUACGUUAUAAUAAUUUAUGCAUUAGGUUCGGUACAUGAAAAGUUCGGCCUCCGAAUCAAAGCCGUUUCAAAGUCGCUCCAAAGGCGAAAUUCCCGGCUGGGCUAGGCGUGAAGAACGGCUGAGCCGUUUCAGAUUGAAACAGGCGUUCCUAAUUGAUUCAGACGCCGAACUUUUCAUGUACUUAAUUCAAUGUAUUAGGUUCGGCUCAUGAAAAGUUCGGAAUCUGAACCGGGUCUUAACGUCUCUGUUACAUGUCCUAAAACUGACUAUUUAAUGCGUUGCAAUCACUAAAUAUGUACAAGGUGUGCAAAGGUGUAAGGUAUACAAAGGUCCGUGCGACUAUAUGGUAAUAACAUGUUUGUGCAACGAAGCAUGUGAUACAUAGUUGUGUACCAAUUGAAAAGGACUGAAAUUAGGGUAUUUGAAAACUGUUCAGCCUAGUGUAUCUCUGCUGUUUGCAACUUCAAAAAUAAUGCUCAGGAGACAUUUUUGCAUGUUAGUCUCAAAUCUCUAAAGGCCGAUACACACGAGGGAUUUUGCUCCCGGAGCAUGCUCCAGGCGCACGCUCCGGGAGCAAAGCUCCUCCGUGUGUACCAACGAUUUCUUCGGUAUACUUCAUCCUCGGGAGCACGAUUUCCACCCCGCAAAAUGCUCCACGAUAUGUAACCGGUUAAAUAUUUAGGAGCAACCUCCCAUGGUAAAUUGAGCGAACUUGAAAACGCUCCCUCGUGUGUACUGACACGUACAAAAUGAGCCUGGAGCAUGCUCCGGGAGCAAAACCCCUCGUGUGUUUCGGCCUUAAUGUUGACACUUGCAUGUAAUUUCGUUGAAUUGCUUACGUUAAGUUCCAUAGCGAUUGAGGGCGAGUAAUUGGCAAAAUUAAGCAAAAUAAACUGGACUGUCGUGACACAGCCCCUUUAACUCCCACGUUCCGUGUGGUUGGUAACAGCUCAAAAGCUUAACGAUAGAAAAGCGUGACACGUUUUUUUUUCUAUUUUAAAUUUGUUUCUCGUUAUCUUUUUUCAAAUCAUGUUCAGUUUAUUUGUGUACUUUACUUUGCUUAUUAUUUUACUGGUUGCUUAAUUUGUAACUGCGUGUUUGUAGCUAUGCGCAGACUAAAAGCUGUUUGUUUAAGUCUGGCACCGACAAAUGAAUUGAAAAGUAAUAAUAAUACUAAUCAUCAUCAUCAUGUCUUGUCGCGUCAGUAGGCGCAUAAAGCCUCCACACUGUCUGACCAACCCUUCUGUCGCGUGAAACAGCUCUUCCGCCCCACUUUGUUUCACUCUUUCUCGACAGUUCUUCUCCAACUAGUUUUCAGUCUUCCUCUCGCCCUCUGACCUUCUGGUGUCUCAUUCCAUCGAGGCUCCCUUUGUCCUCGCAAUCAUAACGAUGACUACUCUUCCCUGUUGCACCUCAUCAUCUCCUACGUAGACUACUUUCUCUCCACUUUGCAGUAUUACUGAUCCAAUCCCUUUCCACCUGGCCCCACCUAUCCCCAGCACUCAAUCCCACACUACAUUUCAUCUCUUUAGCUACUUGCCCUACCCGUGUUGCCUCCGCCAUGGUCCUCACGUCCCAGCAACUUAAGGUCGUUUGUCGCUUAAGGGCUACUAUGGGGCCUAUCGGCCUUUGGGCUUUCGGCUGGCUUUAUCCCAAGAGCGUCAUUACAGCUCCAGCUGCGAGAACCCCAUUUAGUGUUGUCUCAUUAUCAACGUUUCCAGUUUCUGCAACAAUUACUGUUAUGGGGCAGGGUCGUUACCACUAUGCCCAACCUGGAGGACCAGAGGUACUAGGAAGUCACUGUUUGUAUGGUCUUUACCGUUCGACCUUUUCGGCAUAGGUGGCCUAAGCAGAAACUCCAGCCGACAUUUUGGGCGAAAUUACGAUAUUUUGUUACCUUCAGAACGCAAGCGUAAGUAACUUGCGUAAGUGAUGACUGUCAGCUGUCACAUAACCUGUUUCCAAUAAAACCCCUCUCUCGUAUCUUUUGAACCAUAAAGUCGGGCGUUUUUAUCUAGGUUUCAUCCCUGGACACCUGCAUAUUAAAGCAUGCAUUUCUGUGCUGUUAAAAGUACAAAAGCUUUCGCUGCUUGGAGGGUGAGGUGAUUUUCCUCUUCUUAAACUUAUCUAGAGACCAUUCAAGCUAAAACCAAAGAAGGACCCCAUUAUCUUCGAAGAACCAUUUAACUUAAAAUUGAGUCGGCCUUGAGUUUUUAAUUUCCUAUUCCUAACUUCACAGGAACCUUUCAAUCAGAACCCCGCUGCUUCUCUUUGCAAUACUUAUACAUUGCCCUCUGAUAUCCGCAACUUUUUACCGUGCCGUUAAAUGUUUUAUCAUUCAAUCAUGAUUUUAGUAUGGACCAAGUACUUGACAAAUACUACGACAAACAAAAUGCUUUUGACAUCUUGAUACAAAACGGUGCUGAUCCAUCUUUGGAAGAUAACGAUGGGUCUAGUCUGAUCCACUCUGCAGCAGAAGGUGCAAAUACAUCCAUUAUCAUCAAGCUGUUAUCACUUGGCCUUGACGUUGAUUCAAGGAACAAUGGUGGGAUCACUCCACUGAUGACUACAGCAAUUAACGACAAACAAAAUGCUUUUGACAUCUUGAUACAAAACGGUGCUGAUCCAUCUUUGAAAGCGAACGAUGGGUUCAGUGUGCUCCACUGUGCUGCAGAAGGUAGAAGUACCUCCAUUAUCAACAAGCUGUUAUCACUUGGCCUUGACAUCAAAUUAAAAGACGUCUACGGGGUAACUCCUCUGACAAGAGCAAUAGAGAAAACUAAUUUUGACGCAGUAAAAUUUUUGAUAUCUAAGGGAGCACUGUAAUAAAUCAGCGUUAAUCGACAAUACAUGUAUUUCUAUGAGUAUCUUAACAAGGAAUUUAGUUGGGAUAGCUGCUAUUUUAGUCAUCGUUUUAGCAAGCGACAGAAACAACCUCUAUGAUAGCAAUUUCACGGAUUAUUUCACAGGAACCUUUCAAUCAGAACGCCGCUGCUUCUCUUUGCAAUACUUGUACAUUGCCCUCUGAUAUCCGCAACUUUUUACCGUGCCGUUAAAUGUUUUAUCAUUCAGUCAUGAUUUAAGUGUGGACCAAGUACUUUUUAGGGUCUCAGGCCUUUUUUUUUUCUCCCGUUCUCUACGCUUCUCUCUCUCUCUUUUGUUACGUUGUGUUACCUUCCGUAUUGUUGUAUUCGUUCCGACAGAGUAUAGUGAUUUUGCUUAACCCGUGAAAUAGGUAGUAAAAUAUUACGCACUGUUAUGCACUAAUUCCAUUGUCUUCUAUUGUUUACUUGAAGCUUUUUUUCACUAGUUGUUAGUAUCCGUUUCACGGGUCAAAUAAGACCACUAUAAUGAAAAUAGUAGUUUAAGACGGUUGUUGGUACUAGUAAAAGUUUUUACGCGAGGAACCUUUACCUUUUGCCUGUACCAAAAAAAAGUCAACAUCAUCAUCAGUACUACAGUGUAUUCUUAUCAUCAUUAUGAUUAUUUCGAUUAAUUAUGUUUCGAAUCUCAUUAAAAAUAUCCAAUUAUUUCUUUCUAGCAAUGAAAAUUGUCCUCCAAGGGCAAAGUGUCUCGUCCAUUGUUAAGAAGUCUGUUCAAGCUGAUUCAAACGAAAGUGAUUUUAAAGCUAAAUAUGAAGUUCAGGAUGGUAAGGUGCUUCACGCUGCUGCAAGCAUUGGAAACACUGACGUCAUCGAGUUAAUACUGUCUCAAGGAUUUCACCUUGACUCACGCAACAGGAAAGGUGUUACUCCACUGAUGACUGCAGCCCUCAACGACAAACAAAAUGCUUUUGACAUCUUGAUACAAAACGGUGCUGAUCCAUCUUUCAAAGACAACAAUGGGUUCAGUGUGCUCCACUAUGCUGCCCAAGGUGGAAAUACCUCCAUUAUCAUCAAGCUGUUAUCACUUGGUCUUGACGUUGAUUCAAGGAACAAUAGUGGGCUCACUCCACUGAUGACUGCAGCCCUCAACGACAAACAAAAUGCUUUUGACAUCUUGAUACAAAACGGUGCUGAUCCAUCUUUGAAAGAUAACAAUGGGUCUAGUCUGCUCCAGUGUGCUGCACAAGGUGGAAAUACCUCCAUUAUCAUCAAGCUGUUAUCACUUGGUCUUGACGUUGAUUCAAGGAACAAUGAUGGGCUCACUCCACUGAUGACUGCAGCCCUCAACGACAAACAAAAUGCUUUUGACAUCUUGAUACAAAACGGUGCUGAUCCAUCUUUGAAAGCGAACGAUGGGUUCAGUGUGCUCCACUGUGCUGCACAAGGUGGAAAUACCUCCAUUAUCAUCAAGCUGUUAUCACUUGGUCUUGACGUUGAUUCAAGGAACAAUGAUGGGGACACUCCACUGAUGAGGGCAGCCCUCAACGACAAACAAAAUGCUUUUGACAUCUUGAUACAAAACGGUGCUGAUCCAUCUUUGAAAGCGAACGAUGGGUUCAGUGUGCUCCACUCUGCUGCACAAGGUGGAAAUACCUCCAUUAUCAUCAAGCUGUUAUCACUUGGUCUUGACGUUGAUUCAAGGAAGAAUAAUGGGGUCACUCCACUGAUGACUGCAGCCCUCAAAGACAAACAAAAUGCUUUUGACAUCUUGAUACAAAACGGUGCUGAUCCAUCUUUGAAAGCGAACGAUGGGUUCAGUGUGCUCCACUAUGCUGCACAAGGUGGAAAUACCUCCAUUAUCAUCAAGCUGUUGUCACUUGGUCUUGACGUUGAUUCAAGGAACAAUGGUGGGGUCACUCCAAUGAUGACUGCAGCCUUCAACGACAAACAAAAUGCUUUUGACAUCUUGAUACAAAACGGUGCUGAUCCAUCUUUGAAAGACAACGAUGGGUUCAGUGUGCUCCACUGUGCUGCACAAGGUGGAAAUACCUCCAUUAUCAUCAAGCUGUUAUCACUUGUUCUUGACGUUGAUUCAAGGAAGAAUAAUGGGGUCACUCCACUGAUGACUGCAGCCCUCAACGACAAACAAAAUGCUUUUGACAUCUUGAUACAAAACGGUGCGGAUCCAUCUUUGAAAAGCAACAAUGGUUUCAGUGUGCUCCACUAUGCUUCACAAGGUGGAAAUACCUCCAUUAUCAUCAAGCUGUUAUCACUUGGUCUUGACGUUGAUUCAAGGAACAAUGGUGGGGUCACUCCAAUGAUGACUGCAGCCCUCAACGACAAACAAAAUGCUUUUGACAUCUUGAUACAAAACGGUGCUGAUCCAUCUUUGAAAGCGAACGAUGGGUUCAGUGUGCUCCACUGUGCUGCAGAAGGUGGAAAUACCUCCAUUAUCAUCAAGCUGUUAUCACUUGGUCUUGACGUUGAUUCAAGGAACAAUGGUGGGUUCACUCCACUGAUGACUGCAGCCCUCAAAGACAAACAAAAUGCUUUUGACAUCUUGAUACAAAACGGUGCUGAUCCAUCUUUGAAAGGCAACAAUGGGUUCAGUGUGCUCCACUCUGCUGCACAAGGUGGAAAUACCUCCAUUAUCAUCAAGCUGUUGUCACUUGGUCUUGACGUUGAUUCAAGGAAGAAUAAUGGGGUCACUCCACUGAUGACUGCAGCCCUCAAAGACAAACAAAAUGCUUUUGACAUCUUGAUACAAAACGGUGCUGAUCCAUCUUUGAAAAGCAACGAUGGUUUCAGUGUGUUCCACUAUGCGGAACAAGGUGGAAGUACCUCCAUUAUCAUCAAGCUGUUAUCACUUGGUCUUGACGUUGAUUCAAGGAACAAUGGUGGGGUCACUCCACUGAUGACUGCAGCCCUCAACGACAAACAAAAUGCUUUUGACAUCUUGAUACAAAACGGUGCUGAUCCAUCUUUGAAAAGCAACAAUGGUUUCAGUGUGCUCCACUCUGCUGCACAAGGUGGAAAUACCUCCAUUAUCAUCAAGCUGUUAUCACUUGGUCUUGACGUUGAUUCAAGGAAGAAUAAUGGGGUCACUCCACUGAUGACUGCAGCCCUCAACGACAAACAAAAUGCUUUUGACAUCUUGAUACAAAACGGUGCUGAUCCAUCUUUGAAAAGCAACGAUGGUUUCAGUGUGUUCCACUAUGCUGCAGAAGGUGGAAAUACCUUCAUUAUCAUCAAGCUGUUAUCACUUGGUCUUGACGUUGAUUCAAGGAACAAUGGUGGGCUCACUCCACUGAUGAGUGCAGCCCUCAAAGACAAACAAAAUGCUUUUGACAUCUUGAUACAAAAUGGUGCUGAUCCAUCUUUGAAAAGCAACAAUGGUUUCAGUGUGCUCCACUCUGCUGCAGAAGGUGGAAAUACCUCCAUUAUCAUCAAGCUGUUAUCACUUGGUCUUGACGUUGAUUCAAGGAAGAAAAAUGGGGUCACUCCACUGAUGACGGCAGCCCUCAACGACAAACAAAAUUCUUUUGACAUCUUGAUACAAAACGGUGCUGAUCCAUCUUUGAAAGCGAACGAUGGGUUCAGUUUGCUCCACUAUGCUGCAGAAGGUGGAAAUACCUCCAUUAUCAUCAAGCUGUUGUCACUUGGUCUUGACGUUGAUUCAAGGAACAAUGGUGGGGUCACUCCAAUGAUGACUGCAGCCUUCAAAGACAAACAAAAUGCUUUUGACAUCUUGAUACAAAACGGUGCUGAUCCAUCUUUGAAAGCGAACGAUGGGUUCAGUGUGCUCCACUGUGCUGCACAAGGUGGAAAUACCUCCAUUAUCAUCAAGCUGUUAUCACUUGGUCUUGACGUUGAUUCAAGGAACAAUGAUGGGGUCACUCCACUGAUGACUGCAGCCCUCAACGACAAACAAAAUGCUUUUGACAUCUUGAUACAAAACGGUGCUGAUCCAUCUUUGAAAGCGAACGAUGGGUUCAGUGUGCUCCACUGUGCUGCAGAAGGUGGAAAUACCUCCAUUAUGAACAAGCUGUUAUCACUUGGCCUUGACAUCAAUUUAAAAGACGUCCACGGGUUAACUCCUCUGAGAAUAGCAAUAGAGAAAAAUAAUUUUGACGCA